AUGUCUAUCAACGACGAGAAGAUGAUCGAGGCAUCUCAUCGAGAGUCACAGCUCGAGGAAGUGAAGCCUCGACUUGACUAUGCUGGCUCUCAUGCAAAAAUCGACCCUGCCGAGAUCAAGCUCGUCCGGAAGCUUGACCUGUAUAUUCUGCCUGUUCUCUGGCUUAUGUACUGGCUCAAUUUCCUCGAUCGAAAUGCCAUUACGGUCGCGAGACUUGACGGCCUCGAAAAGGAGUUAAAAAUCACUGGAGUCCAAUACCAGACAUGUAUCUCGAUCUUAUUCGUGGGGUACAUUUUGGGCCAGAUUCCUUCCAAUAUGCUCAUCACCAGGCUUCGGCCGUCUCUAUUUAUGUCAGGAUGGAUGGCAGCUUGGGCAGUCGUCAGUGCCUUGACGGCAAUCACCCAUAACUUCACCGGGUUGCUUUUGACUCGGUUCUUCCUCGGCCUCGCGGAGGCACCGUUCUGGCCUGGCUGUCUGUAUCUGCUCAAUAUCUUCUACACGAGAAAAGAGGUCGCAAUGAGAGUGGCAAUCUUAUUCUCUGCCAACAUUUGUGGAACUGCCUUCGCUGGCCUGAUCGCGAUUGGGGUCUUUGAGAUGCGCGGCAUCGCCGGCCUAAGUGGCUGGAGAUGGCUCUUCAUUCUUCAAGGCAUAAUCACAUUUGUCGUGUCAGCUGCGGGGGCAUUUAUUCUUCCCGAUGAGCCACACAACACUCGAUGGCUUUCUGAAGAGGAGCGUGUGCUCGCUCAUGACAGGAUAGCCAGGGAGACGGUAGAGAGAUAUGACGGUACAACUACAUGGGCCGGACUGGUGGAUUGCUUGAAGGACAGGAAGUUAUGGAUCCUGCUCUUGUUUGGCCAUGUUUCUUUCGCGGCCUCUAACUUCAAGAACUUCUUCCCUACCAUUAUCGCCACACUGGGCUACAAUCGCACCAUCACGUUGGCUCUGACCUGCCCUCCCUAUAUAAUCGCGGCGAUCGCAUCUGUCGCAUGGUCAUGGAACUCUGGUCGGAUGAAUGAAAGAACUUGGCAUAUCACCGUUGCGAAGGUCAUUUCAAUAAUUGGUUUUGUCAUGGCGGCGGCCACCCUCAACACUGCUGCACGCUAUGUUGCCAUCUGUCUUUUCUGCAGUGGGCUCUACAUGCAGGCCGGCAUUGGACCGGGCUGGGUUGGAGCAACGUGUGGACAGACCAAGGAAAAACGGGCUGUCGCUCUCGCAAUGACAAACACGAUCAAUACAGUUGCCCCAAUCUAUACUUCCUAUUUGUGGAUCGAUAGCAACGCACCUCGGUAUGAUAUUCCGAUGGCAUCUAGCGCAGCAUUUUCGGUUGCAUCUAUCGCAUUGGCUUGGACCCUUAGGUAUGUUCUCGUAAGGGAGAAUCGAAAGAUCAAGCAGUCAAACUCGGAAGCAACUCUCUUCUAUGUAUACUGA